AUGGACCUCAAAAAUAUUCUAAAUGAAGAUUCACGCGCGACCCAUAGUCAGAAUUUCAACAAGAACAGGAUGAUAUUACUAGUAGGAAACAAUGAUGUGAGUGGUGUGAAUGGUGGGCUGGGUGCACCAGCAAGCCCACCGAAUUCAAAUAGUGGAGGAGAAAAUACCGAUACGGAAAUGAUACAACUAGAAUCCGACAAGCCUUAUGAAUGCAAUUGGGCUGAAUGCGGCAAAGCUUUCUCGAGACGAUCAGACCUUGCUCGACACCGGAGGAUUCAUACAGGAGAACGCCCAUAUCAUUGUGAAUGGCAAGGAUGUGGAAAGCAAUUUAUACAACGCUCGGCUUUGACAGUUCACUAUCGUACUCAUACUGGCGAGAGACCACACACUUGUGAACAAGCAGGUUGUGGUAAGUCGUUUAGUGAUUCUUCAUCACUAGCUCGUCAUCGCCGCACCCAUACCGGUAAAAGACCAUACGUUUGCUUGCACUCAGGUUGUGGCAAGACCUUUACUCGGAGAACUACGCUAACCCGGCAUCGAAAAACGCAUGAUCCAGAUUGGAGAGAGUACAACACUGCCUAUAAUGCAAGAAGACAACAAGCAUGCAGACCGAUUCAUAGUAAUAUUUCAUUCAAUGGACCACCAAGUCCGCCACAAACCGAUUGCUAUCCAUUAGACACGAUUUCGGCCUCCCUAGAAUAUAUCGAAUAUAAUCAACAGCAGCAACAAUCACAUAAUUCUCAUUAUACUCGUCAUCGUCAAAAUAAUGGUAACAAUAAUAAUAGCUAUUGUGAUUGCUGCGGAUCCACAAUUGCUGUUAGUGCGAAUAUAUUACCUGCAAUCGAUUGUCUUUACUUGCCGAGUUCGCCAUUAAAGAUUGGUCGAAAAGCUAAUAAUCUCUUGAGCAUCUCCACCGCACCACAAUCUCGCUUCCUGCCGUAUAAACCACCAACCGCCAUCACCAAUUCCAAUUCAAAUCAACAAAAUGUUGAUGAAAUUUAUAAAUUCGGAUAUCCGUCGCCAAUUGAAGCUCCAUUGCCUCUAACGAUAAUGAAUCAACGAAUUUAA